GCAGAAGCGCCUUGGCGGGCGGAGCGCGGAGAGCAGAGCGAGCGGCACAGGAGAGGGCGCAGGGUUGGCGGAGUCGGGGAGCGUGGUCUCCCAGAUCGGGCAUUUGGAGAGAUGUGGCACCAGGGGCUUGAAGGAGAAAUGCAUGUAUUUUAGGCUGUGUCUCAGAAGAAGAGGCAGCAUCCCCGAAAAGUGACUGAGAUUGACCAGGAAGAGGCCCCAGACUCUUAGAGUAUGCUUAAAAGCCUAUGCAUUCCUUGGGGAAUCUAGGGACCAGCGGAUGCCAGGGAACAGCGACCUGGAGCACUGAACCCAGAAGACAGGUGGAAAGCAAGCGGCUCUUCUUCCUGGUAUGGCUUGGAUUGCUAUGGAGAUGCUCCUGAUGGAACACCAUUGUGCUUUUGUCCAGACAGCAACUGGGGCUGGAGAAGGGGCUGGGUGGUGAGUGAUUGGGGGAAGUCUGGCUAAGCCUGGCCAAGAACGUGAGGGCUAAGCCACCGGAAGUGCUUUCCUUCUGGAAGAUGGCUCCUAACACUUCUACCAUGGAUGAGACUGGCCUGCCAGUGGAGAGGGACUUCUCCUUUCGCAUCCUCACAGCCUGUUUUCUGUCCCUGCUUAUCCUGUCCACUCUCUUAGGGAAUACCCUUGUCUGUGCCGCUGUCAUCAGGUUUCGACACCUGCGGUCCAAGGUGACCAACUUCUUUGUCAUCUCUUUAGCUGUGUCAGAUCUCUUGGUGGCUGUCUUGGUCAUGCCCUGGAAAGCUGUGGCUGAGAUUGCUGGCUUUUGGCCCUUUGGGUCCUUUUGUAACAUUUGGGUAGCCUUUGACAUCAUGUGCUCCACGGCAUCCAUCCUUAACCUCUGUGUGAUCAGCGUGGACAGGUAUUGGGCUAUCUCCAGCCCUUUCCAGUAUGAGAGGAAGAUGACUCCGAAGGCAGCCUUCAUCCUGAUUAGCGUAGCAUGGACUUUGUCUGUUCUCAUAUCCUUCAUUCCAGUGCAGCUAAGCUGGCACAAGGCAAAACCUACAUGGCCCUUGGAUGGCAAUUUUACUUCCCUGGAAGAUGCCGAGGAUGACAACUGUGACACGAGGUUGAGCAGGACAUACGCCAUUUCAUCCUCCCUCAUAAGCUUUUACAUCCCCGUAGCCAUUAUGAUCGUCACUUACACCAGUAUCUACAGGAUUGCCCAGAAGCAAAUCCGGCGCAUCUCAGCUUUGGAGAGGGCAGCAGUCCAUGCCAAGAACUGCCAGACCACCACAGGUAAUGGAAACCCUGUCGAAUGCUCUCAAUCAGAAAGUUCCUUUAAGAUGUCCUUUAAGAGGGAGACUAAAGUCCUGAAGACACUGUCUGUGAUCAUGGGGGUAUUCGUGUGCUGCUGGCUCCCUUUCUUCAUUUCGAACUGUAUGGUGCCCUUCUGUGGCUCUGAGGAGACCCAGCCAUUCUGCAUUGAUUCCAUCACCUUCGAUGUAUUUGUGUGGUUUGGCUGGGCGAAUUCCUCCCUGAACCCCAUUAUUUAUGCUUUUAAUGCCGAUUUUCAGAAGGCAUUCUCGACCCUCUUAGGAUGCUAUAGACUCUGCCCUACAACGAAUAAUGCCAUAGAGACUGUAAGCAUCAACAACAACGGGGCUGUGAUGUUUUCCAGCCACCAUGAGCCCCGAGGCUCCAUCUCCAAGGACUGUAAUCUGGUUUACCUGAUCCCUCAUGCUGUGGGCUCCUCUGAGGACCUGAAGAGGGAGGAGGCCGGUGGCAUACCUAAGCCACUGGAGAAGCUGUCCCCGGCCUUAUCGGUCAUAUUGGACUAUGACACCGAUGUCUCUCUAGAAAAGAUCCAACCCGUUACCCACAGCGGACAGCAUUCAACCUGAAUAUUGGGUUCUCAUCUCUGAAGCUAUGAGUUCCCUAGGGCUUGCUGUUAAGAAAUUAACACGAGACCCCUCUGCUGCUUUUGGACAGUUACAGAACUUCUCCAACUCACUGACUCCAGUGUAUUCUCUAGCCACAAGGGAAAUGACUUAGGCUCUGAAAUCCUUUUUGAAGCAUUAUCUUAGGACACUCUAUAUAUAUAUAUUUAAAAAAAUAAUAGGGCCAAAAGUCAACUGUAAACAGCUUCACUUAAAAAUCAAACUUUCCAGGAAGGAAGUGUGAGAGUUGUUUGCUGUAUCCAAACAGGUGCUAAAACUGUCCAAGCAGUUUUCAGAUUGUAAAGGUAGGUGCAUGCCUUUGUUAAUUAACUUCUCUGACAAUAAUUGAGCCUUACAGCAAGAGUGGGAUUUCUUUUUUUUUUUUCUUUCUCAGAAUUGACAGAUGCAUUGUUGAUAAUGGUUUUAUUUAUUUAUUUAUUUAUUUAUUUAUUUAUUUAUUGUAUUAUAUGGAUAUUUUAAAUUUAUCAUAGUGAACCUAUAUUUAGCUUAUUUAAUAGACCGAACCAAUGUUAAAUCAGAGACUGAACUGUCCAUUGUACUAGCACUUCAUGAGCCAAUGAAACAGUACACAUAGACUCUGAGAUUCUGAGCUGGGAAUGACUUCUGGGAAGGCAGCAAAGGCUGAUGUGGUGGUUCCUUAACUCAACACAGACACAAAUAAACACAAGGUAAGAAGUGACUAACACUACCAAUGCUCUGCCCCUAAAAAUAUUUUGGAAAGAUAUGUUUUUUAAAAAAGAAGCUACUAUUGUGUUCUGAAUGUUUUAAAUGGCAGAGGCUUUCCCCGAGGCAAAUUUGCACUUCUGUAAAUAUCUCUGUAAAAGCCAGCUCAAGAAGAAAUCCAACUUUAGAUUUCUGUCUGAAUGUCGAGGAAGAGCAUAUGCCACUUUGUAUUUAUGUAAAAUAAUUGGCCCUCCCUGUCAUUUCUCAUUUCAUGCUUGAAAUGGCUUUCUGAAACAAACAAAUGACUGUCCAGGAUUAAGAUGUGCAUCGAGGUGAAUGAGCUGUAAAGUCACAGGUCACAGCAGCCCCUCCGAUAGUUGGGCUCAUCGCUGGUUCUUCAUCUGCCCAGGUCUAACCAAGCCGGCUGCUCAAGGGGCUACUUUUGUAGUGCUUUAAUCCGAAUUUAGUAUCCUCUCUUAAAAAAAAAAAAAAAAGCUCUUUAAUGUUAGUGGUAAACUAGCUAAUGAGCUGUGCCUCAUCGUGGAAGUAUACACUUCUGUUGUUGGUGGGGGGAAUAGAAGAACCCCUUCCCGGUGUGUGUUGAGCAUCACAAAGCCAUCAGCAUCACUAGUCACAAAUGCUACUUUUUUUCCUCCCUGUGGUUUUGAAUCUAGUUUCCAAGUCAUAGCCUGGACUGCAAAAAGUACCAUCAAGUCCCCUCGGGUGGGGGUAUUGCAACAGUGUUUCUUUUGUUGUUUGAAAUGUUUACAAGGUGUUCUUUGGAAGCAGCUGCAACAUGUGGAUAGAACUGAAGGAAGGGCUGACUGGCUUGCUAACAGUAUCUCCUGCAGGGGUCUGUGUUACGUACUUUGAAUGUUUUCUCAGCUCUACCGCUUGUAUGCUUUCUUACAUAAAAUAAAAUUAUUUUGUGAAUUCAAAUCAACCCCAAA